AAUAAUAAAUAAAUAAACGCAAAUAAAAAAGUGAGGAAAUUCUGGUGAUUUUCGUUUUAUGCGCCUGGCGUGUUGAUGGCGGUUUACAAUCUCCUGUCACCUGUCAUUUUCAAAUCGCUCGCUUUAUUAUUAUUUUCUUUUAUUUUGUUUAAUGUUUUACGAUGAAUUCCCUGGAACCAGUCCCAGUGCAGUCCGUUUCCAUCGGCCCCGACUCCAAACUGUGGAAAAUGAAGCAGCUCGUGAGCGCAAUCCAGCUAUAUUUCCAGACAAAACGCGAAGACACCGCCACAGUAAUCAACAUGCACCUCCAGAGCCUGAGUGUGACCAUAGACUUGAGCGUCUUCGACCCGCACUCGACAAUCGCCCCCCAGUUUUUCGUCAGUCUGUACGAGCUUAUGAACAAAAUGGAGCAGCGGUCGUCCUUUGCCUGGAACUGCGUCGACGUUUUGGCCAACAUUUGCCGCAACCCCGCGGCCCGCAGCGCCCUAAUCCACACCUAUCAGUUCAUUCCGAGUCUGUCGCGGCUGUUGAGCGACCAGUUAUCAAACGAGAAAAAAAUCCGGCUGUUGAGACUCAUGCAGGACCUCACUUGCGGCAUCAAAAUCUCGUGGCAAAUCCCGCACUUGCCCCAGCUCAUGGUCACGCUGAGCAAGUGGAUCGAGACCUCCAACGAGGAGAUAAUCACGCUCUCGAUGGGGAUUUUGGUCAAUUUGUGUUACAAAAACCUAUCGGCGAUUUACACGCUUUUCGGGAACGUGGACGUAAAGAAAAUACUCCAGAUUUGUUCGCUGAUGAGGGGCCCAACUAUUGAAAUACACACGUGCAAAAUGUUGAUUUUUUUGGACUACUUGAACGGCGAUAUUCCCGAAAAUAUUCUCCUGAAAAUCACAAAUGUGACUUUUGAGUCGGUUGUUGAAGCUUUUCGGAUACGAGACUCGAUUUUGUUGCGACAAAUUGUCGAAUUUUUCCUUGAUGUGGGCAAGCAAAACACGCUUAGUGUUUUAGUACAAAGUCAGGACUAUAGUAAGCAGCUCACAGCCGUCUUGGAUAUUAUACAAAAUAAUCACGGAAUGGAGACCGGCGACAGCACUUUCGAGUGCGAACCCGAAUGUUUCGCUUUAGUUUUCGAAUUUUUGGGUUUUUUGACGGAAAUCAAAGUCCCGGCAGUGACUUCAAAGUACGCUGAUUUGAUCCAAAUCGCCUUAAAGUGGAUUCACACCGACUUGGUGUCAUCCCAAGCUUUGGCUCUUUUAAAAUCAAUUGCCGUAAACGUGGACGAAAACAAAAUGGAGAUUUUGGAGCCUCUCGUUCAGGGACUUCCCAUUUUUUUGAACACUUUGGACAGCAGUCGUAACGAAGAUGGCCCUGCUUACGUCGAACAGAAUUUAAAAAUCGGCGGCUUGUUACAACUGUUACGAAUUAUGACACAAGUUGCGACAAUUCGGCCCAAAAUUUUGGAAGAUUUGAAAGUUGCAACGGUUUGUAAAGUCUUGGGGUGUCUCCAAGACACCGAAAACGUCUCAAAUAGUAAAACAAACGACCUGGACAUGGCCAACAUUGACACGGUUAAUUUAUACGUCCACGGAAUAGCCCUAGUUAACGAAUUGGCCAAGCAUGACAUCACGUGGAUGAACCUUCAGACCAAUCUCAUGCAGCACAAGCAAACCCACAUGUUGCUAGCGCAGUGCCUGUACCAAAGUUCGAAAGAGGAAAAAGCGCUAGUUUUUGAAAUGUCGACAAUUCGGUGUUUCCCCCGAAAGAGCGUCGCUGACGCGAUGGUGGCGCUCCAAGCGGCGACAGCGCCCGACCUUAAAAGCUCCUCCCACAGCAUCCAAUCACAAGACUUGAAUUUCCCGGUUCUUUCGGUUACACAAAUCAACAAAGUUGAUUCGCUCCUCUCCAAACUGCGCGAAAACUUCACCCAGAAGCAGUUCGGUUCGGUUCUAACCUCUGACGUCAUCGAGUUGUACGAGUACAAGUUGGCGUCGAUGGGCAAUGCAGAGCGCGCUGCGAUGGCAAGUGUCGAGGCGGCGUCCGAGCGCUGCACGCACUUGCAGCACAGAAACGCCCAAUUGAGUGCCGAAUUAAAUCGCUCGCAUCAAUUGUUAUAUCACGUGCAACAGUGCCACGAGCAGGUCUCGAAAUUAACCGAGUCGUUGGAAGAAAAAGUCGAAACUUUGAAAAAGCAGUCAGAGGUUGACCGAGGCAAGUUGAAAGUGUGUAAAAGUCAGCUGGGGGUGAAGGAGGACGAGCUAAACGAGUGCAAAGCCGAGCUGGAGAGUUACAAGAAGAAAUAUGAGAAGAGUGUGGCGGUCAGGAAGGAGGUGGAGGAGCAGAACGCCCAGUUGAAGCAAUACAUCGCCAAAUUGGAGGAGAAUUCGACCAAGUUGCAGAAAGUGGUGCAGAAGAAGGAGGAGGCGCUGAAAAACACGAAUUUGAAAGUGAGCGAGCUGGAGCAAGGUUUGACGCAAAAAGAGAACGAGUUGCACCAGGCGAAGGCCGAGCUGCAAGAAACCACCAAAGAAUUAAAUACCCGGAAACAAAUUUUAGAAACUAUCACGAAAUUCGCCAUGAACUCGACGCGAUUGGAGCAAUAAUUUUUAGAUUUUAUCUUUAUAAGAGUUGUAUAACUGCCAAUACUUUUAUAAUUUUACAAUAAAAAAUUGGAUGAUGCAAGAA